AUGUCCCAGCUUCCGGCGCCUGAGAGGCGCGUCCUCUCAUUACACACAACUCUAGGCUCAGACCCAGUCGAACUCAAGUGUUCUACACUGUACUACCCUGUCUCCUGCGCCAAAGAUGGUCUCACACUCGUGUUCACGCACGGACUUGCUGGUCAUAAGGAACAGUACGACCCUACUAUCGCGCGCCUGCUAUCGCACGCUCAAACUUGCGCUAUGAUCCGAGAUAUAUGGGUGCUUGACCUCCCCAACCAUGGUCAAACGGCACUUCUCAACCGUUCCGUGUUUGAUGCGCGCAAGGCAGCCGGGAAAGCGAUGUGCACAACGAAAGAUAUCUCGCUCUACCUCCAAGCCUUCCUCUCUACUCCCUUGCUCAAAUCCAGCACAGUAGUAGGAAUCGCACAUUCAGGAAGUUGCACGCUCUGGAUCUUUGCGCUCACAUCCAUGCCCCCUUCUCUUACGCCCUUUGCUCUCAUAAUGGUCGAACCCACAUUGAUGUUCCCUUCUCUUACUCCUACUGACCCUCGCUCCAUCCACGGAGCCGCAAACGGAAACGUUGACGAAGUGGUUGGUGGUGGGAAAGGCGUUUGGAGGAAGUGGGAUAAGAGGGUUUUGAGCAGUUAUCUGAGGUAUGGAUUUGAAGAGGUGAACGAGUCCGAACUUGGUGCGGGGAAGAAGAAGAGUUAUGUGACGCCCACGUUGAGGAAAGAGGAGGAGAGCCCGUUGUAUGCGUGUUUAUCGCAUACGGCGGUGGAGGAGGCUGGGAGGGGGGUUCAUGUCGUUUGGGCUGAUUUUGAGGAGUUUAUAUCUAAAGUGGCGAAGAAGGAUAUUUUAGACGCUGCGGAGCACAGGGUAGUGUCUCAGCGAAUUAUCAAGGGGGCAGGACAUCUGAUUCCGCAAGAGAAACCAGACGAACUUGGUGAGGCACUUGGCGAGAUCCUGAAUGAGAUUACGAAUGGUUCGGGGAACACGAAGGCGAAGAUGUAG